AUGAUUAUACUAGAAGUGAUUUUGUGGGUUAUUCUUGGUUUUGUACUCUAUUAGACAUAAAAUCUAUGUACAAUGUUUAAAUCUAAUUUUAGCUACAAUAUUGUAACUGUACAUGAAGAUGAUACCGUAAUUAAAUUUUGUGCUAAAACCUAAAAAUAUCCAAACAACUGCAGAGUAGUAUUUUGUAUGAAUUUGAAAGUGGAACAGAAUGCAGGAUCUCUUUGUACAAAACAUUUCUUUAAAAAAUUUCAAACUGAAUUGUUUUCCUGAUUUGGAAGAAUGGAGACCUGUGCUAUUCAUUCCAUAUUUCCUGAUGUUUUUGCUGUCAGUUUGUGGAAACUCUAUUCUUGUGUAUCUAAUAAUAACACAGAGGGCUUUGCACUCUCCUAUGUUUGUACUAAUUGGUCUUAUGGCAGUUGUAGACUUGUGUUCACCAAUGCUAUUUGUACCACAUAUGUUGUUUAGCUUUUUAUUUGAAUGGAAUGGAAUUUCUUUGGUUGGUUGUCUGAUACAAAUGUUUUGCAUUCAUUAUUCAGAGACAUUACAGUUUACUUUAAUGUUGGCAAUGGCGCUGGAUCGUUACUUUGCUAUUUGCAGACCUCUUUUUUAUUACAAGUAUAUGAAAAUAUGUAACUUUUUAAAGUUCAUUGGCAUUCCGUUAAUCAGAAAUGGAAUCUUAAUUACCACAAUAGUUUGUCUGGCAGGAAGACUAUUUUACUGUGGAAGUAAUGUGAUAGACCAUUGUUUUUGUGAACAUAUGGCAUUGGUACAGUUGGCAUGUGGAGAUAUUUCUAUUAAUAACUUGGUAGGACUUUUGACAGCUUACCUCAUACCUGCCUUAGAUUUUGUUUUCAUUGCUGUGUCUUAUAUAAUAAUAUUCAUCACUGUUGUAAAUUCAGGUAAGGCCCACUUGAAGGCUCUUAAUACAUGUAUUACUCAUAUAAUUGUUAUCACUUUUACACUAUUUUUUGGCCUAAUUUCAUUUAUGUUAUAUAGAGUAAGAAAUGAUUUCUCUCCAAGCAGCCGUGUAUUUCUGAGCACAAUGUAUUUACUUUUUCCAAACUGUUUUAACCCAGUAAUUUAUGGACUGAGAGCAAAAGAAAUAAGGCAACAGUUUCUAAAAUUAUUAAAAUACAUGAAUUUAUGAAAUGGAUGAAUAAGUGUGGUUGGAAAGCAGGUACAGCAUGACUUUGAAAAAAUUUCAGUGACUGGGACACUUCUAUGGAGUAUGUGAAUGACUUUUUAUGUAAUGAAUUUUUAAAUUGUGUAUAUCUAUUAUCUAGCAGUAAAUCUAGCAGUAAAUGCACAAGCAUUUAUCUGAAUGAUAUACUAUGGAGGUCAGCCAACAGCUCAUCACCCAAACUGUGCAAGCUGUGCAUGGGCCUGUUAUGAUUUAAACUGAGAAAUAUUUGGGCAAGGGAGUAGAGCUAGAAGUGAUUUGUGUAUGCACAGCAUGAUGUAAACAAAAGAUAUGAAUUCCUAUCUUUGCCUUCUCAUUACAAUUCAAUGUCCACAUAUUCAAUGUCCACUUUUAUAAAAUGUCAUUUUGUGUCUUAAUAAAUCUCUAAAA